UUUGCUGUAAUAAUAUUUUCCCUUCAAGGCUAGGCUGAAGUUAUUUAUACUUGAUUUCUGUUCUUUUCUUUCUUUUAAUGGGAGGGUGACAGGAAGGGAGAGAGAACCAGAGGGCAGAUCAUACCUGAUAAAUGAAAGGUAGUGAAGGAAAGAAAGAAAGAAAGAAAGAAGAAAAUAAAAGAAAGGGGGGGAGGAAAGGAGGAGGAGAGGAGGAGGGGAAAAGCUGGGGAGAGGCUGUAAACUUAGAAAAAAGAGAGAGAACCAGAGGGCAGAUCUUACCUGAUCAAGGAAAGGUAGUGGAGGAAAGAAGGGAAGGAAGGAAGGAAAGGUAGUGGAGGAAAGAAAGAAAGAAAGAAAGAAAGAAAGAGAGAGAGAAAGGAGAGGAGAGAAGAGGAGAGGAGGAGGGGGAAAGCUGGGUAGAGGCUGUAAACUUAUUAGAAAAAAGGGGGGAGUAGUAGAAGAAACCUGAGCAAAGGGGAACUAGAAGAAGUGCAAGAGAAGGAAGUGGGUGAGGGAGGAGAAGGGGAGGGGAAGGAGUCACAGCAAAGGAGGCAAGAAGGAGGGAAAGCCAAGGAGAGAAGGAGAAGAGGAAGGCAGAAAAUGGCCAGGAGAAGGCAGGGGGGCCCAGGCUGCUGUUGAGGAGGAAGAGGAGGCAAAAGAGGAAGGAUGCUGCUUGCCAGGGCAGCUGGCUGGCUUUAAAAGGGGGCUGAGCUGCUGGCUCCUGCUGGCUCUGGUCCUUUCUGGCUGGGACUCUUGUCACCUUUCCCCCCCCCAAAAGAUGAUGAAAAGGCAAUUCAAUCGGAUGCGGCAGCAGCUCACUCACCCGGGCAUCGGAGGAGGAGGAGGAGGACGAGUCCAAGAAACUGCUGAAUACUUGACUGAAGACUUGCUGCAGAUUGAACAGAGAAUUGAGCCAGCCAAGCGUGCAGCACACAAUGUGCACAAGAGACUUGUGGCUUGCCUCCAGGGUCAAUACGGGGCAGACAUGGACAAACGGGUGAAAAAGUUGCCCUUGAUGGCAUUAUCCAUGACCAUGGCUGAAAGCUUCAAGGAGCUUGACACCGAUUCCAGCCUUGGGAAGGCUCUAGAAAUGAGCUGCUUUAUCCAGAGUAUGCUAGCCAGGAUACUUGCUGAGUUUGAAAUGGCCCUUGAACGAGAUGUUCUACAACCUUUGAAUAAAUUGAGUGAGGAGGAGCUGCCCAUAAUUCUGAAACACAAAAAAAAUCUUCAGAAGCACAUUUUGGAUUGGAAUACCAUCAAGAGCCGUCUGAACCAAGUUGCCAAGACCUCUGGUAACAGCACCAGUGUUGGUGCUGGUCCAGCAGCAUCAGGAGCUGCUCUCAAGUUGGAGAAUCUGAAGGAGGAGGAAGAAGAGAUGAAGAGGAAGGUUGAGCAGAGUAAGGAUGAGUACAUGGCAGACCUGUAUCACUUUUCAACCAAGGAAGACAGCUACGCCAAGUAUUUUAUCAAAUUGCUAGAAAUUCAAGCAGAGUAUCACCGGAAGUCUCUGGGAUCACUAGAUACUACAUUAGCAGAGCUGAAGGAGACACACUGCCAACCAGACUCCCCAUUCCUUACAGAUCCAGGUGUGGCAAAGGUGUAUGGGAUGCCACUGGAAACUCACCUGAGGGCUUCUGGAAGGGAAAUUGCGCUUCCCAUAGAAGCUUGUGUAAUGAUGCUGCUGACAUCAGGCAUGAGGGAAGAGGGGCUCUUCCGGUUGGCAGCUGGAGCAUCUGUACUGAGGAAACUCAAGUAUGAUCUUGAUAGUGGCUCAAACAUUCCAGAUGAAUUUUAUGCAGACCCUCAUGCCGUGGCAGGUGCACUGAAGUGUUACCUGCGAGAAUUGCCCCAGCCUUUGAUGACUUCUGAACUCUACGAUGAUUGGCUCAAAGCUGCCAGCAUCAAAGAACCAGAAACUCGACUGGAAUACCUCAAGGAAGUUUGCAGCCAUCUACCAAAGCACAACUACAAUAACAUGAGGUACUUGAUCCGUUUUUUGGCCAAGCUCGCUGAACAGCAGGAAGUAAAUAAAAUGACCCCAAGCAACAUUGCCAUUGUCCUAGGGCCCAACCUUUUGUGGCCUCAAGAAACUGAAGGGUGCCCAGUACAGCUAGACAUGGCUUCUGUAUCCUCCAUUCAAGUCGUGGGAAUUGUGGAACCAUUAAUACAAAAUGCUGAGAUCCUCUUUCCAGGAGAUAUUGACUUCAAUGUCUCUGGCCUGUUCACUCCUCCAUUGGACAUCAAACAAAGAGAGAUCCCCACAACAGAGGAACACACAUCUUCAGUCCUCCCUCCUGAACCUGUCUCACCAUCACCUGGAGAAAGGAAAAAUCCUGAUGUAAGGCCAGGUCCAACCCCAAAAGUGAACCAAGUUAGCACUGAAACAGCCAUCUCCUCAGCUGUCUCUGUUCCUGCUGAUGAAGCCUCGCGGAAAACAAAGCGUGUGGCUCCAUCCAGACCCACAGUUCCUCCUCCACCUCUAGUUCAGCCUCGGACCCCACCUCCUGUGCCCCUUCAAAGCCUGCCUCCUGCACCAGAGUCUCCCUCCAUCCCCAAAGCCCUGCCUCGGAGAACGGUAGGAGGAUCCGUGCGUGCUCCCUCUGUGCCACCGCCACUUCCACCCCAACCGGCCAGGCGUCAAAGCCGCAGCGCUGUGCCAUCCCCAAAGCUUCCUCCAGAACUUACAAACAGUGAGGCAGCUGAAGCCAAAGAGCCUCCUUCAGAUGAAACCAGUACAGAAACGUCCAAAGAUUCCACUCCUGUGGCAGCAGAGCCUGAUGAGCCAUUCAAUGUGGGGAAAAGCAGCUCUCCAUCUCCAUCGGAUAGAGGCGAAGGGACGCCCCCAUCGGCCCUUGUGCCUCUCUUCCGGCGAAUGGCUGCUCAGUAUGGCUACUCCAUGGCAAGAUUGGCUGCGCGGCGGGGAGCGUCGCCGCCGUCGCCGUCUCAGUCCAUGGCGGCUUCCAGCAUGGCGGGCUGCCGUCGCCUGAGCGGCGCUUGCCUCCGUGAGGUGCUGGGCGGCGCCGAGGGGCUGCUCUUCGACUGCGACGGCGUCCUCUGGACCGGAGAGAAGGCGGUGCCCGGCGCCCCGGAGCUGCUGGAGCGCCUCAGCCUCAACGGCAAGGCCUCCCUCUUCGUCUCCAACAACAGCAGGCGCUCCGUGGCCGAGCUGGAACGACGCUUCGCCCGGCUGGGCUUCCGAGGGGUCCGCGGGGAGCAGGUCUUCAGCUCCGCCCUCUGCUCCGCUCUGUACCUCCGGCAGAGGCUCUUGCUCAGCGGCGGAGAGGGAGCCGGGGACUCCCAGUCCGCCUCCGACGCCUCCUCAGACUCCGCCGGCGCCGUCUUCGUCCUGGGCGGGGAAGGGCUGCGCGGGGAGCUCAGGGACGCCGGACUCAGGCUGGCUGGGGAAGGAGCCUCGGAGCCCGGGAAGGAGGAAGAGCAGCAACAGCCUCAGCCGCUCCCGGUCCGCGCCGUCGUCGUGGGCUACGACGACCAGUUCACCUUCGCCAAGCUCUCCGAGGCCUGCGCCUACCUGCGCGACCCUCAGUGCCUCCUGGUGGCCACCGACCCGGACCCCUGGCACCCGCUCAGCAACGGACAGCGCACCCCCGGGACCGGAAGUCUCACUGCUGCAGUCGAAACGGCGUCUGGGCGCAAAGCAACAGUAAUCGGGAAGCCCAACACAUACAUGUUCGAAUGCAUCGUGGAGCGCUUUGGCGUGGAUCCAUCCCGCAUGCUCAUGGUCGGCGACCGGCUGGAGACAGACAUCCUCUUUGGCAAGAACUGCGGCCUCGAUACAGUCUUGACCCUGACAGGGGUCUCACUCCUAGAGGAGGCACAGGCUUACAUGGCCAGCGACAGCCCUGCCGCAAAGGACCUGGUGCCCCACUACUAUGUGGACAGUAUUGCAGACUUGAUACCAGGCCUUGAUGAGUAAGAGGGAGGUUUAGUUGGGCAGAGAUCCUAGCUCAUUCCAAACUGCCACCCUGCCCUACUUCUUUCUCCCUCUCUUCUUGAUUCUGGGUUCAUCACAUUCCAGUGUUUGGUCAAGAAUGAAGAAAGGGAUAUUAAUUCCCUACUCAUUAUUAAGGAUCAUUUUUUAUUAUUAUUAUUUCAGGCAGCAGUAGGAGAACAAGGAAUCUAAUGUGAAAGUGUGGGAUAAUUACAGACCAGACCACUAUUUAUUUAUUUAUUUAUUUAUUCGGCCAUUCAUUUCCUUGGCAUGAUGUAGUGAUUUAUUUAAAUGAUUUUUGUUUUACCGUUGCCAGGAGUGGCCUUUUUACUCUUGUCCUCUGCUUUAAUUUGAAGCACACUGAUGUGCUUAUUGUUGUGUUUGUCCCAAAGCUUAAAGGAGGCAACGUUUGUGCCGGUGUUUUUUGUCUCCCUUCUACAACCACUGCCAUUCCAUGCCAGUGUUAGGGAUUCUUGUCCCAGAGGAAAGGGAACAUCAGAAGUAAAUUAAGAAAUAACAUUUAGGGCCUUUGCAAAAUGCCUCUUCAGGAUACUUCCUGCGGGUGUGUAUGUAAGCAGAAGCUUAUCAGAAAAGUACAGCUUACCCUAAACUGACAACUGCUGAGGCUGGGUUUUUGAUGCAGACUUCAUGUAGGAUCCUCGCUGAUACUGCUUGAGAUACUCAUCCACUGCAAUUAUUCCAAAGGGCUGUGCUGGAGAGAAAGUGGUCAAGUGGCUCAGACAGAAGGUACUGAUUAAAUUGGUAAGCCUGGAAUACACACUAUUCUAACUAUGAAUGAAAUAUGAAGGGUUUUUUUUAGUGGUAGUCUGUCUUUGAGUGUCUUCUCGGGCAACAGAAUUUUUAUCAGUCCCGUUUAAUUUUAGUACAUGUGAUUGCUGCUGCUGCAACAACAAAAUUGCACGGGACUAUUUUUGUGCCAUGAUGUUCUGAAUAGACUGUCACUUCAUUUUACUCCUCCAGCGCUAACAGCUUCCCUUCAAACAUUCUUGUCUACAGUGUAUAGUGGCAGGAACACAAUGUUGUUCCCUCUUCCCUUUCUUUGGCUGGGUGAACCAAUGAAACACAUUACUAAAUUACUUAGUUCCUGUCUGUGCCUGAUGGGAUGCACCGCCACAAGGGGAAGAUGGAGUCUGAACCUUGUACCCCCCCCCCCCCAAUUCAUGUGUGCUUGAUGGAUGGGAUAAUAAUGGCAUUUAUAGUGCUGUCAAUGUGCCACAGCAUCCCAAAGUCAAUCCUAGCUGCUUGUCUUUUUCUGGUUUAUGUAUUUAUUAAAGUGUUUGUAUAAAUUAUGCUGAUCAGUUGUGCCAAGAUGGGUAUGUAGCCUCUGGGCCCACUCACUACCUGUACCUUCCAUGUUGUUGUGGUUUUCUGACAUUCACUGUCAUUCUGCAUAUAAUAAAGUGCAGAUGCAAGUUGGAA